AGCCACGCCAGUCAGUGGAGGGGGUGGCGCGCUCUGCUGCACUAAAGCGAGGAGAAAGAGAAGGGGGCGGGAGUGAGACGCGCGGAGCAAAGAGGGAGAGAAACACACAGUGUGGAUAGAGAGAGGAGGAAAGGAAAAGUGGUCAUUGCACAAGGUGGAUUUCUGUUUUGUCCGGAGCACCAAUGUUGGAACACUCCUCCGAGCUGGCGCUGGUGCAGAGUUUGUACGUCAACAGCAUGCGCUGUCCCCCGUCCGCGGCCGGCGUCUCUGUCGGCGACGAGGACCUGGCAGUAAGCAACGGCAAUGGGAGCAAAUUGAACGGCUCCGUGGAGCACCUUGACCAGCCGGACCACGACUCCAUCAAGAUGUUCGUGGGGCAGAUCCCGCGCUCCUGGUCCGAGACGGAGCUCAAGGAGCUGUUCGAACCCUUCGGCGCCGUGCACCAGAUCAACAUCCUCCGCGACCGCACCCAGAACCCCCCGCAGAGCAAAGGCUGCUGUUUUGUAACCUUCUACCAGAGGAAAGCGGCACUGGAGGCUCAGAAUGCACUGAACAACAUAAAGACUUUAAGUGGGGUGAGUUGGCUGCCUGAGAUGAUGCAAACAUACUCUCUCACUCUCACACUCACUCACUCACUCACACACACAGUUAAUAAACAUGCAGCUUCCUAAAAAUACACCAGAAUCCAGUGAACAACACAAAGACUUAAAGUGGGGUGAUCAGGCUGCCUGAGAUUCUGCACACACACACAUGCACACACAUUCUCUAUCACACUAACUCUCUCUCACACUCCCUCUCACAUGCUUAAUAAACAUGCAGCCUACUAAAAAUUCCACAGAAUGCACUGAACAACCUAAAGACUUAAAAUGGGGUGAUCACGCUGCCUGAGAUGCUGCACACGCUCUCUCACCCUCACACUCUCACUCACACUCGUCUAACACGUUUAAUCAACACGCAGUCUCCUAAAAAUACCCCUUCCCUUGGAUCCUUUACCUUCGCAUGUUGCUCUCCUUGCUCCCUUCACAUGUUGCUCUCCUUGUGUGGAGACGUGAGUGGGGGUCUGCCGGUCCUGCUCCUUGGUCACCUGAUUUAUCGACGGGCUAAAGCCCGGUCAACCAAGAGAAGCGAUAGCUUGUUAAACCGUCAACAUGUUCCCCACUGAUUGCUCGUUCAAAAUCACACCUUCCAAUCAAUUAAAUCCAUAGCAACACCCCUCAGCCCGUCAUUAAAUCAACACUAUCAGAGAGAGAGAGAGAGAGAGAGAGAGAGAGAGAGAGAGAGAGAGAGGGGUGGCUGGUUGAGUCGAACUGGGGCUGACGGAUCGAAUGUAGUGGACUGUACUUAAAUAACUACUUUCCCUGUCACGCCAUCAAUCAGAUCUGCCCUUUCAAAACAAAGUGGUGGUGUGGGAGGAGCAGAGAGGAGCUGAGCCGACGCCGGUGCCUCCCGGCUCCUCCGGGCUGUUGGCCGGCGGCGGCGGCUCAGCUCCUCUCUGCUCCUCCCCUCCUCUGGGCUGUUGGCGGGCGGCGGCGGCGGUUGGCGGGCCGGUGGUGCGGCGGCAGCGGGGAGGCCGGUGUGGCUGCGUCCCUCCGUCUGUGCCACCUCCUCCUGCCUGAUCGCCCGUGCCAGCGAGCCGCCACGCAGCGCGGCCAUCUGUUGCCCCCCCCCUACCUCUCUGUCUGCUGCUCCUCCAGGAGGGGAAGAGGAGGAGGUGGAGAAGUAGAAAUGAAAACGUCUCUUUGGAUCUGCUUUAUGCUCUACAUUUAGGGCGAUAAUCGCCUUUUUAACCAAAGCGAUUUACAAUAAGUACGUUUGUCAGAAGAAAGAGAAACGACAAUAUAUUGCUGUCGAUACAGUAAGGAUGUUCAUACAACAAGUGCUAAGCACUAACAAUCACUUUGUUAACCCACUCCCCAUACUCAACAUAGAUAGCUAGGAUAAGACGCAACAACAUGCUAAGUACUAUUUUUAAGUAGCAGGACGUACAAAAUAAAAUUUGUGCGUCGGAGGAAUUGGGUGGGUGGCUAAUGCAGAGUCUAGGUGAACUCAAUAUCAGAGGGAUGCACUGGGUAUGUUUAGCGGAGGAUUAAGGAGUUCACCCAAUGGCCUUGUGUGUUUUAGGAUGGAUGAUCUUCAGGAACAACCUGUGACCAAAAGAGUGCGAAUGAGACUCUUGAGUGAGCGUUCUUUAAAUGAUGUGGCCCCAAGACUUGUUACACCGCAUUCCUGUUAGUCGUAGUUAUUAUAAUUCAGUUUCUCAUUGUCAAUCAUUGAAGUUGAUGAUGUUUCAGAAGCAGCCGAGGGCCAAUUUGGGUAGAAAUUGGAACAGCUUAAAGAGGAUAGCCGUGAGCGUUCCGGGUUCCAGGACGACGACGACUGGCCUUUGGAAAGAGUGCUCGCUUAAUUGGUUUGCUGUUUUUACGACCCGUGGUUCUUAUUAUGGAGCGGUCCUGGACUGACUGCCUCCUUCCUCAUCAGUCGCCUUCCACUGAUUGUUUUAGCCUCGUUUCCUUCGCCCCUUCUUGUUUCCUGUCCGCUGUGCUUUAUAUUGGAUUCACUUCCUGCCUAAGAAGAGAAGCGCCCUGGACAUGUAUAUAUUAUUAUUACAAAAAGAUCAAUGCAUAACUGAAUACAGAUGGCCGCGGUGUGAAGUGAGUUGAGAGGCUGGAAGCAUCACCACUGCCUUGGGGAAUAUUCUCCUGCGGCCGUGAGGCGGACACACAGGGACUAGAAGCAGGAUAGAUGUCAGGGUUUUGGACUCCCAGCCCAAGGGCUCUGGGUUCGAGCCCGAGGUCUCCAGUCCCCCUGCAGACGGCCCAUCCCAAAGAUAACAUACCUGCCCAUAAUGACAUGCAUCUAAAAUAAAUGGAGUGCAUUUAUACAGCGCCUUAUUAACCAGCGGGCACUCAAAGCGCUUUACAAUAUUGCCAAACAUUCACCCAUUCAUGC